CUGCACGCUAUGGCUUUGCAUUACUCACUGCAAACUCCAUGAUGUUCACUUCCCGUAUCACUGUCCUUAUGCUGCUCACCUUCCUCGCUGGUGCCAACGCUGGAUGCGCAACGUGUCCACAAUCGUUGGAUGUCGACGGUAUAGCGAUCUACGAACUAGUCACUAGCUAUGUGAAGACCGAAAACGGGUUCACAGAGUGCAGCUACGUGGAUAAGAUGGGCGACGUGGUGACUUGCGAGUAUACGGAUGGCGGCGAGUUAAAGAGUGGGGAUGAGAAGUGCCCAAAAAUUUCAAGGAAGGAUGACUAUGGAUGCUAAGCAGGAUGUGAUGGAGUUUGGCCAGACGAGAGGAGCGAUAUUGGUCUGCAGAAAGUUGGCUAUAUCAGUAGAUUUCGUCUGCGUCCAGAAUUUUCUUCAUACGUGUUUUGCCUGAAGUGCAAUUAUAGUUAUGGCAGUUCCCUCGCCGGAGUUGGCCAGAAGCUGAGCGUGAUGUGCUCGGAAGUUAAGCUUUUUAAGGAUGCAUCGAUGAGGCCUAAACUUGAACUCUCAUAGAAGAGAUGGUCUAUAGGAAUGGUCACCGAAUGCGAAGCAAAAGGCAAUAACAAAGCUAGC